AUGGCAUCAGAAAACUGUACUUACAAGAGUGCUCUUUACAAAUAUCUGAAAGAGACACGGGCUGUAGUAAACGUAUUACUACAUAGGAGUAAGUACAUUGGAGGAAACGUAGGAAACUCAAGCGAACAAGCAAGCGAUCUCGAUGAUAUACAACAGUUUUCAAAGCCGACUGUAGAACAAACAUCUAAACCCACAUUCAGAGAUAUUUUACUGAAAGAUCAUCUCAAAUCCAAUAAAAAGGAUGAACAAAGUAAAGAUAAAACACAGAAUAAAAAUAGAAAACAUAACAGGAAAGAUACAUCUGAAAACUCCAUGGAUUUUCAGGAGCAUAUUAUAGAAGAAAAUACAGGAACUGGGGAACCUGAAUCGGUAGCAAAGAGAAAAAGAAAUAAAAACGCUUCAUUUUGGGAAAUACUAAAGCAGAUAAAAAGUACACUAAUUUCAAACAAGAGUCUAGAGGAGAAAAUAGUAGAAGUUACACAAUUGAUUUUAAAAGGCUUAAAUAAUUAA